CGCCCCCAUCAUCGUUUGAUUGGUCAACUCAUGAUUCUGGUGCUGGCGGGUUCCAACAUAUAGCGGGAAUUUCUUGUAGACUUUAAAGAAGCUAUUGAAUGCUAAUACAGGCACUGAGAAAAAGAGAGAAAGAGGAAAACUGAGAAAAGAAAGAAGUAAAUGAGCGGACCUAACGCUAGUGUUUCAUCUGAUCCAGCAGCUACCAAGGCUACCAGUGUUGGCAUUACCUCAUCCCUAACUAUGGACCCUAACACACCACACAAGACGGGGCACACUCCAGGUCCACCCAUGACGCCCACCACCAACCUCAAGGUCCUGGUAGCGGCUGCAGCAGCCGAGCGUGCCAUUGACAGAGAAUACCAAAUAACCACUCACAAGAAGUCCAAGGUGAAGCGUCCAUCAUCUGGUGGGGGUGAUGGUGUGGAGGGUGUGGCUUGUGAGGACGAGCAACCAGGACGCAAGAACAAGUCACUCUCGUUGCUCUGUCAAAGAUUUCUCACGAUAGUUGAGACUGAUGUUGGUGUGGGAUGUGAGUUCAGCCUGGAGACUGUGGCCGCCACUCUCGGCACUAACAGGCGGAGGAUCUAUGACAUCAUCAACGUGCUCGAGAGCUUGGAGAUGAUCGUCAAGCAGUCUAAGAACUGGUACAUGUGGUUGGGACAGGACUGCCUACUGGUCACACUCGCUAAACUAAAGGCCAUGGCACGAGAUGAUUCUGAUUUCCGCUCACUGUACGAGUUUGAGGGGGUGGAUGCACCUGAGCUGAGUGAGGGUGUGGAGAGUGUGAUGUGUGAGGACGGCCCUGUGAGUCGCUGGGACAAGUCACUGGGCGUGCUCUGUCAGAAGUUUGUCAUGCUCUUCCUCAUAACACCCAGCCAUGAGGUGACCCUGGAGUGUGCUGGUAGUCUACUCAUGCCUGACAACUACGACUCCACCUCGGGUGGAACACAACCCACCAACAAGACCAAAGUUCGAAGGUUAUACGACAUAGCCAAUGUUCUCACCACUCUCAACCUGAUACGUAAGAAGACGUUCCUUGCUCCCAACCAUCGCAAGAUGCCCGGCUAUUACUGGUGUGGUCCGAGCCUCGAACAGAUCGACGUGUUGCCUGUGACCCGCAAGAGUGACUGCCCCACCUCUCUCUUUACUGCCAAGUCCUCCCUCUCUGGGGUUGCUCUCACAAGACGGCCCUCAUUCGGGAAGAACCGCCCGUUUAUCCAUCAGUACGAGGUCAAGGGUCAAUCCAGCAAGCCCAGCUCUGCACCUGCGACCCCUGUGAAGGUUAAGGAGACUGGUUUCAAGAGAAGUAUAUCGUUUGGGGGCGGGGCUAAUCCGAAACGCCCAGCUGGUAGUGAAAGGAUAGACACCACAGCAGCAGCUACUAGCAAAGGUGCUCCUAAAGCUACCGACUAUUUCUCUGAGAUACGAGAAUUUGAGGCUGAGAUGAUGAAGCACGUUCACAAGUACCCUCAUGUGGCUCCAUUGUUCCGUGAGUUCGUGCAGCGCUACACUUCCACUGUCGAGACUGUGUUUGGUGGUGGACGUACCAUCCGACCUAAACCUGCCACGCCUCCAUUUGGCAAGACCACACCCAUUUUAUCGGCCACCCCAAUACCACCGUUAUCUAUGGACCCCUUCCAUAGAGCUACUAAUUCAAUGGCACCCCUCCUUUCCAGUGCAACGACCAAUCAGAUAGCAGCGCCAAAGACAAGUAUUGAAUCGCAAAUUCAACCUACUGUGACGACACCUCGAAUGAACUCUGACCCUAUAACUAAACCUGCAGCUGAUGAGCCGCCCUCACUAGUAGGAGUCACCCAAACUGCCAAGGACCUCAUGCUGAUGAUGGGAAAUCUACUCACCAAACUAACUCCUGACCAGCUGCCAUCGGAGACACCUCCUGUGAUUCUCGAGUGCCCCGAAAUGAUUACUACUGUUGGAUAUUCUAAGCGCUACGAAGAAGAGAAACAAUUGCAAAUGUCCACCACCAGUUUGAUGAAACCUGCUGUAUCUGAUCUUGGAUCCGGACCUGGCAUAUCUGGCAUACCUGGAAUGGAACCUGGCCUGAAAACAUCAAUGGCUCCUAUGUGUAUACCGUUGUCCUCUCAAGUUCUAAGUUCGCUUGUAUCGCAAAAAUCGAUUCCAGUGAUAAAUGAACGGACUGGACAACCGAGUGUUUCGAUUCCCAACCACAUCUCUAACUUUAGCAAUAUUUCCCAAAGUGCUCUACUAGCUGGCCAAAUUGUCACCUGCCUUCAACCGAACGUUGACAUUACUGCAACAACUUUGAGCAAUCAAAUCCCCAUCUCUUGGCUGCCCCAACUCAGCUCCCUGCUCCUGCCUACUGUUGCUAACCACACACCUAUACCUAACUCUAACAGCCCAACUAUUGGAACAGUGAAAAAUGGAACCACCUCUCAGUCUCAGUAUAACUUGCAAGCUAGCAAGGAGAAGAUGGUGGGAACUGCGAGCAAUGCAAAUAAUAGAGUGCCUUUAGCGUCUGUGCAAAAGGCACAAUUUAUGGUACCACAAUGUUCACGAAAAGAGGCUCUUAAAUGCACGGAGGAUAAUCAUGCCCAAGAGAAUGCGAUGCCUUCCCCGAAGAGGUUCAAGUUGAGUGCUACAGGUUCACAGCGGCAAUUUCCUGUGAAAGAUAGUCAACCGCUGGCUCAGCUCAGGAGAGCCAACUAACAGAGCUUACUAGAACUAAACUAGGAGAUUAAUUCAAUAAGUGUGGUUCUGUUGUACUGAGAAUUAUUAAUGUGUGCAGUAUACUGUGGCUAUAAGUGUACGUGAUUGUGUUGAUGACCCUA